AUGCCAACGGCAACCAGAGCAGGCGUGUACGGUGGUGAAGAAGGUGAUGGGGACACGGAUGGAGCAAGUGACAGCCCAGCAGGGGGGGGCAAGCCCAGGCAGUGGCUCAAGCCAGCCAACACCAGGGAGGGGGGUAUCCAUGCAAGUUCAGUAAUGCGUUUAGAAAUAGACAAGAGCAUCUGUCAAGGCAACCACGUCCUGGUUAGUAGGUUUGUAUCCAAAUUGAAACAAACAGCACCGGUGCAUAUUCCAACUCUACACAAGAUGAGAGUAGGCAUUCACGACCAACAGCCAGAACGGCAAAUGUCAAUCGUCGAUACAUAA